CGAGAUAUUGUAACCUGUAAAUGUAAAGAAAUAACGGGUAUUGUUGAUGGAAAAGUCGUGCUUUGUCUCUGUCUUUUCAAUACACGACGAGUGUAAGCUUAUAUCCCUACAGGAACUGAACGUACUGCUACUUCUCCACUUCCUCCUGUUGCCAACCUGGGAAACGCUCUCUUCCCGUAGACUGGCAGGCUAAGUGCAAGCGACACUUAGCCCACCAUUGGCUGUCCCGACUGCCGAAGCUGGCAGGCAGUGGCGACAGGGAAGGACCGGACCAACGGACCUUUUUGGUGGAAAUACUGACAGAACGCCGGGAAAUCGGGCGGAAACAAAGGGAAUAUAUGUUUUUAUAAGCGGUCUGGAUUUCGUAAACAGACUGAAACGCUGCUAACGUUGAAUGUUAGCUGGAAGUUUCCUAUCUGGUGCCGUGAUGUGGUGACGCGACUCCACGGAAUCGACGGGAAGCUAACGUUAGCUGAUGCUAACGCUACUUGAUAAAUGAAUAAUUUUUAACAGAGCUUUUAAGACUCAUUUCAGGAUUUUAGCAUUUUAGAUAGUGUAAGAAACUUUUAUGAUAGAUUUUAUCAUGUUAUGUACUUUUAUAAUAAAUAAUGUUAAUGCUUCAAUGACUGCCUGACGUUUUUAAGCUAAAAUAGAGCAGCAAACAUUAGCUUCCUAGCUGGCUAGUAGCUAACAUUGGCUAGUUGUCGACUUUAAACUGUCUUUAAGCCAAAGAGUCCUGUUUCAAAUUAGCUAAACCGACUACGGCUGCUUAUUUUUUUCACGUCACUUAACUGUAUCAGUUAAUGUUCACUAGUUAUAUAUGAGUCAAACUUUAUAUCUGAGGAUGGUCGUUCGUUUUGAGAUGCAAAAAUGAACGCUUCGUUCCAGAAUCCAGAUAUGCAAUCACCGAAUCACCAGCUUACUUAGUGCUUGUUGGCUAGCGCAGAGUUAGCCAGUCAAACUUGGAAUACUGCCCCCUGCUCACUUUAUGCGAGUUUCGCUUUGAGGCCUUUUCUGAAAUUAUCUUUUUUUUUUUUUUCCACCAAGAGGACCCUUUCACUGCCUUAAUGCAUCCCUGCCUCUGAAUGGAAUUUCUGUUUUGAAUGACUCUGGAUACUUGUAAAGCUUGACAAGGCUCUAAUCCACAGUUGGAGUUAGCUGGACUUGUUGACGUUUACUUCGUCAUAACAUAACCUGGAUUUACGAAGGAACUUGGAGUAAUAAUAUUCUUUGAAGAUGAUGUGCGAGGUGAUGCCCACCAUCAGUGAGGCCGAAGGCCCUGGUGGUGGAAAUGGAGGAGGCCGUCGAGGUUCUGGUUCGCCACUUCAAUCUGACUCAGAGGGUCACUUUGAGUCGUUGAUGGUGUCUAUGCUGGAAGAGCGAGAUCGUCUUCUUGAGACCCUGAGAGAGACUCAGGAGAAUCUGGGCCUGACCCAGAGCAAACUGCAUGAAGUUAGCCAUGAAAGGGACUCACUACAGAGACAGCUGAACACUGCUUUGCCACAGGAAUUUGCUGCACUAACAAAGGAGCUGAACGUGUGCCGAGAGCAGCUUCUGGAAAAGGAGGAGGAAAUUGCAGAACUAAAGGCCGAGAGAAACAACACACGGCUCCUGCUAGAACACUUGGAGUGCCUGGUGUCUCGCCAUGAGCGCAGUCUGAGGAUGACUGUGGUGAAGCGGCAGGCUCAAUCUCCAGCAGGCGUCUCAAGUGAAGUGGAGGUCCUCAAAGCCCUAAAGUCACUUUUUGAACACCAUAAAGCCCUCGACGAAAAGGUUAGGGAGCGACUUCGUGUUGCUUUGGAACGAUGCAGCGCAUUGGAGGAACAGCUCACCUUUUCACACAAAGAACUGGCUUACCUCAGGGAACAGAACAGUCAGAAGAGAGGGUUGGCCGAUGGAACCAGUGAGGUUAACCACAACUCUGAAAACACACCAAGCACUAAUGGCAAGCGGUCAUCAGACGGUUCGUCGAGCCAGGAAGACGAGUCUGCACCUGGAUUCGGUAAGGUUGCCGAGCUCCAGGAGGUAGUGGACCGUCAGAUGGCCGAUUUGGGCCAAAUGAAGGAGCGCAUGGCUGCUAUGGCAUCACGCAUCACUGAGCUGGAGGAGGACCUGGACACAGCCCGAAAGGACCUUAUUAAGUCUGAAGACAUGAACACAAGACUACAGAGAGACCUCAGAGAGUCUAUGGCUCAGAAGGAAGACAUGGAGGAGAGGAUUACCACUCUAGAGAAGCGCUACCUGGCAGCUCAGCGAGAGGCUACCUCUGUCCACGACCUCAACGACAAGCUGGAGAAUGAAGUGGCCAAUAAAGACUCCCUCUACAGACAAACUGAAGAGAGAAACCGGCAACUUCAGGAAAAGCUGGAACUAGCUGAGCAGAAGCUGCAGCAGACCAUCCGGAAAGCAGAGACGCUGCCAGAGGUGGAAGCCGAGUUAGCCCAGAGGGUCGCUGCUCUCACAAAGGCAGAGGAACGCCAUGGCAAUGUUGAAGAGAGACUGAGGCAGCUGGAGGCCCAGCUCGAGGAAAAAAACCAGGAGCUGCUCAGGGCACGGCAACGUGAGAAGAUGAAUGAGGAGCACAACAAGCGUCUGUCUGAGACGGUGGAUAAGCUCCUCUCAGAGUCCAAUGAAAGACUUCAGCUUCACCUCAAAGAGAGGAUGUCUGCCUUGGAGGAUAAGAAUGCCCUGAUUCGAGAACUCGAGCACACCAAAAAAUUAAUUGAGGAGUCCCACCAUGAGAAAGAGCAGCUCUUAAUCCAAAUUGAGACUAUGAGAGCAGAGAAUGAGCAGGGAAGGAGCAGGAGCAACUCGCUACUGCAUGGGCGGUCUCAGCUGGGCAGCACCCCAGAUUUCAGAUAUCCAGUGUCAGCCUCUUCGAUGAUGGACAGUAACUCGGACCAUUAUGGCAGCGCUCUCGUCCUGAGACGGCCUCAGAAGGGACGUGUGGCAGCACUACGGGAUGAACCUUCCAAAGUGCAGACUUUAAAUGAGCAGGAGUGGGAGCGCAUGCAACAGGCUAAUGUGCUGGCAAAUGUGGCACAGGCCUUUGAGAGCGACAUGGACGCCUCAGACCUGGAGGAGGAUCGAGAGACAGUUUUCAGCUCGGUGGACCUGCUGUCCCCUGCUGGCCAGGCUGAUGCACAGACCCUUGCCCUGAUGUUGCAGGAGCAGCUGGAUGCUAUCAACAAUGAAAUCAGAAUGAUCCAAGAGGAGAAGGAGAGCACCGCUAUCCGGGCAGAGGAGAUAGAGUGCCGGGUAGGCAGUGGUGAUAGCCUUGGAGGACAUUUCCGCUCCAUGAGCUCCAUCCCUCCAUCGCUAUAUGCUGGCUCGUCAUUGGGCGGUUCUCCACCCGGCUCUGGCCACUCCACUCCGAGGCGCAUUCCCCGCAGCCCCAACAGAGAACUGGAUCGAAUGGGUGUCAUGACCUUGCCUAGUGACCUGCGCAAGCACCGCAGGAAGUCUGCUCAAGAUGAUAAGGCUACUAUUCAUUGUGAGACGUCACCCCCAACUACUCCACGUUCCAUCCGACUGAAUAGGGAGGUGGGCCACGCCACUAGUCACGAGGACAUCCGAGACAUCCGAGGGCUGAGCAGCCUGCAGGAUGGACAGGGCAGUAACCCAAGCAGUAGCAACAGCAGCCAAGACUCUCUCAACAAAGCAGCCAAGAAGAAAAGUAUCAAGUCUUCCAUUGGACGCCUGUUUGGGAAGAAGGAGAAAGGUCGGCCCAGCAUUCCUGGCAAGGAUCCUGCCAGCCAAGCUGGCACUCCCGAGGCAGAGAGCUCUCCGAAGGAUGGCUUGGGUGUGGGCACCCUUGGUGGUCCUGCAGAGAAAAACAGGAAGCUACAGAAGAAUCCAAAGACUGGGCAUGAAUUACUAGAAGAGGCUCGCAGACAAGGCCUCCCGUUCGCCCAGUGGGACGGACCAACUGUCGUGGUUUGGCUGGAGCUGUGGGUGGGCAUGCCAGCCUGGUACGUGGCUGCAUGCCGUGCCAAUGUGAAGAGUGGAGCCAUCAUGUCAGCACUAUCAGACACAGAGAUCCAACGGGAGAUUGGAAUCAGCAACCCACUGCAUCGUCUGAAGCUUCGUUUGGCCAUCCAGGAAAUCAUGUCUCUCACCAGCCCUUCAGCCCCACCAACCUCCAGAACGACCACAGGAAACGUUUGGGUCACACAUGAAGAAAUGGAAAGUUUGGCAGCCACGCCUCCCACGGAGGAUGACGAGGGUAGCUGGGCCCAGACUUUGGCGUACGGAGACAUGAACCACGAGUGGAUCGGAAACGAGUGGCUACCCAGCCUGGGUUUGCCACAGUACCGCUCCUACUUCAUGGAGUCACUGGUGGAUGCCCGCAUGCUUGACCAUCUAACCAAGAAGGAUCUUAGGGGACAGCUCAAGAUGGUGGACAGCUUCCACAGGAACAGCUUUCAGUGUGGUGUGAUGUGUCUGCGGAGGCUCAACUAUGACAGAAAGGAGCUGGAGAGGAGGAGGGAGGAGUCCAUGCUGGAGUUUAAAGAUGUGCUGGUGUGGAGUAAUGAGCGUGUCAUCAGUUGGGUUCAGGCCAUUGGUCUCAAAGAGUACAGCAGCAACCUUUAUGAGAGUGGCGUCCAUGGAGCACUGCUCGCCUUGGAUGAUACCUUUGAUCACAACGCCCUGGCCCUGCUGCUGCAGAUCCCCACGCAGAACACACAGGCCCGGGCGACUCUUGAGCGCGAAUACAACAGUCUGCUGGCGAUGGGCACAGACAGGAGAAUGGAAGAGGAUGAUGAUAAGAACUUCCGCCGUGCUCCCUCAUGGAGAAAGAAGUUCAGGCCCAAAGACAUGAGGGGGAUGUCCUUGGGUGCAUCAGAUACCCUGCCUGCCAACUUCCGAGUUACCAGCAGUAGUGCGGCAUCUCCCUCGAUUCAGCCAAAGAGGAGCCCGAUGGAUGGUAACCGCUGGUCAGAGGAUGAAGGGGAAUUCCCUGCAUUCAAGACCAGGAUGAUGAACUGAAAUAACUUGCAAGGACCCUACAAAGAUAUUUUGCUUCUUGCUGACAUCACAGAGAAAGACUUUACUCACUAAUCUCAGUAUCCCUAGAAGAGCUUUUCUAGAUUUAUCUACAUUUGUUAUUAUAUAUUUAUGUAAACCAAUGGGACUGUUGAUUUUAGAAUUUCUAUGUAACCCCUUUUUGCCUCUCUCCCCUUAAUCACCCCCCCAUUUUUUUUUUUUUUUUUUUAAUAAAAGCAACAUUUCUCCACUGUGCCCGCAUUAAGCUCAACUCUCAGAUGUAUGUGACUGAAUAUUUCAACAGUCUGGAGUUUGUAUAUUUCUACCAACAGACAUUUCAUCUAAUCUUUUUUAUAAUUCUGAUUCAAUUGAACAGAUGUAUGUUUUUUGUCUCUCAUAUUUGAUUUGAAUUCUAAUCAAUGAAUUAAUUCUUAAGUGACUUGGAUACGUGAUAUAACUUAAUUCAUAUCUUUGCCCUUUUUAACUGUUGUAAUAUUAGUAGCUUAUUACUUGUGAUUUUGUGUAAAUGCAGCUCUUAGGUCGGUGGGUGUGUGAAUAUCAGAGAAAUUGCUGGAGUCGUCAAACCGUUUCACAAACUGCUCAACACUGUGAGUCCUCCAUCACCAUUAAAAUAACUGCUGGCAAGCCCAGGCGAUGGUGACAACACAUAUCAUGUGAAACGCACUAUAUUUCUCUCUUGUCUGUUUAUUUUCCAUACCUGUGAUACCAAAAUGAAACUCUUAAAGAAUUAAAGCCAUAUAAUUGUAGCAAGAAAAAAACUACGGAGGGCUACAUUUGGAUGCAAGUAAAAAAAAAAAAAACAGAUUUCCAGGUUCUCUGCAGUUUACCUUGCAUGCAGAAUCCACUCCACUUAUAUGCACGCUUGCCACCCAAUUUAUCCCUUUAACAAAACCUUCCUCACCUCUGGAGAAAUGCUCACUCGUGCAGAAGAACUUUAAACAAAUGUGUGGAUGACUCCAAAGUGUGGAAACUCCUUCAACGGACCAACUUCACUGAGGCCUCAAUCGAUCCCCACUGUCACCAGAAACCCCUGAUGGUGGUGCAGUCCACCAGCAACCCUUUUUUAAAAACACUCUGUACAAAGAUUUUAUAUCAAGCCUUACUGUUUAACUCCUCCCUGUCGUCUCUUCUUAUUUAUUAUUACUCAUUCGUGUUUUGUGUCGUCAGUAAUGCUUCCAGAGCUACGUCUGAAUGUUGCAGUGCUACUUAUGUUUUUCCCGUCUACACUCACAACACGGGUUCCAGCAUAAGCCUUUGUGGCAAAUGAGUCGGAACCGGAGACUUUUCUUUUCACUCUACAUGUAGUUGAAGCUGACAUUAGAAAUGUUUUUUGUUUGUGAUUUAGCCAUUUAUGCACAAUGCAAAUCAUGUUGCUGUUUUUAUUCCUGCUCUUCCUGAUGAAUCUUCUGAUCUUGUAACAAUGAUGUACAGUCUGAGUACUUAUAAACUAUUUUUAUCACAGUAUUAUUUAUUGCUUACUUUCAAUAAAAUACUGAAACC